UCCUCCACCCUCCCUCUCCAGCGCUCAGGCCGGUCCUGUGGGCCUGCCCAGCAGGUUCCCAGAGCCGGGGCGCUAAGUGGCCAGAAGGGUCCCGUGCAGCCGGCAGUGCGGCCUGGCCCCGUGGGUGUGAGGAGUCGUGGGGCCGGCUGGGCCCUCAGAUGGGUCAGGUGCUCUCGAGCACCUGUGGGUGCUGGGUGUGGUCACCUCCCUGCCUGUCAUGCAGAAGGGGGCGGGAUGCCUGUCGGGCGGCCUCCUGCCACGCCCAGGCCCAUGCUCCAGCAGCCCACAGCCGGGUCCUGCCGUGGCGCCCGCCAUGGUGUCACGGGACCAGGCUCACCUGGGCCCCAAGUACGUGGGCCUCUGGGACUUCAAGGCCCGGACGGACGAGGAGCUGAGCUUCCGAGCGGGGGACAUCUUCCACGUGACCAGGAAGGAGGAGCAGUGGUGGUGGGCCACGCUGCUGGACGAGGCGGGUGGGGCCGUGGCCCAGGGCUACGUGCCCCACAACUACCUGGCCGAGAAGGAGACGGUGGAGUCUGAACCGUGGUUCUUCGGCUGCAUCUCCCGCUCGGAAGCUGUGCGUUGGCUGCAGGCCGCCGGCAACGCCGAGGGCGCCUUCCUGAUCAGGGUCAGCGAGAAGGCGAGCGCCGACUACGUCCUCUCGGUGCGGGACACGCAGGCCGUGCGGCACUACAAGAUCUGGCGGCACGCCGGGGGCCGGCUGCACCUGAACGAGGCGGUGUCCUUCCCCAGCCUGCCCGAGCUGGUGAACUACCACAGGACCCAGAGCCUGUCCCACGGCCUGCGGCUGGCCGCGCCCUGCCAGAAGCACGAGCCUGAGCCUCUGCCCCACUGGGACGACUGGGAGAGGCCGAGGGAGGAGUUCACGCUCUGCAGGAAGCUGGGUUCCGGCUACUUUGGGGAGGUCUUCGAGGGGCUCUGGAAAGACCGGGUCCAGGUGGCCAUUAAGGUGAUUUCUCGAGACAAUCUCCUGCACCAGCAGGCGCUGCAGUCAGAGAUCCAGGCCAUGAAGAAGCUUCGGCACAAACACAUCCUGGCGCUGUAUGCCGUGGUGUCCGCAGGGGACCCCGUGUACAUCAUCACGGAGCUCAUGGCCAAGGGCAGCCUGCUGGAGCUGCUUCGCGACUCUGAUGAGAAAGCCCUGCCCGUCUCGGAGCUGCUGGACAUCGCGUGGCAGGUGGCUGAGGGCAUGUGUUACCUGGAGUCGCAGAAUUACAUCCACCGGGACCUGGCCGCCAGGAACAUCCUCGUCGGGGAAAACACCCUCUGCAAAGUCGGGGACUUUGGGCUAGCCAGGCUCAUCAAGGAGGACGUGUACCUGUCCCACAACCACAACGUCCCCUACAAGUGGACGGCCCCCGAAGCGCUCUCCCGAGGCCUUUACUCCAGCAAGUCUGACGUCUGGUCCUUCGGGAUUCUCCUGCAUGAGAUUUUCAGCAGGGGCCAGGUGCCCUACCCAGGCAUGUCCAACCAUGAGGCCUUCCUGAGGGUGGAUGCCGGCUACCGAAUGCCCUGCCCCCCGGCGUGCCCGCCCAGUGUGGGCAAGCUGAUGCUGACCUGCUGGUGCAGGGACCCUGAGCAGAGACCCUGCUUCAAGGCCCUUCGGGAGAGGCUCUCCAGCUUCACGAGCUAUGAGAACCCCACCUGAGCUGCUGUGGAGGGCACGGCCAGGUCCUGCCGAGGAGGGGCCUGGGCCACUGCCCUGGACCUGGGGUCAAGGCCCACACGCUGCCCUAGGGGUUACUGAGGUGAUGGGUGCAGGAAAGCUUCGCAGAUGAGCAGUGCCUGCGUCCUGUCCACGAGCGUGCUGCUCUCGUUAA